GAUACGUGCCCAUUCCAAUAGACACGAGAACACUAAAAAUGGCCUCUCUUUUCCAUCUUCCUUCAUCUCUAACGUUUCGCAACAUUUGUUACUCUCCUUCUAUCCAUCCCAUCAAAGCAUCACAUUCCCAUUUCCGAAUUUCAGUCCGAAAUGAAAACUCAGUACCCCAAUUAUCCAAAUUUUCGGAAUUUUCAUCCAAGACUUUGAAUUUCGUGCUCUCUGGCUCUUUAGUUCUUGCUCUCUCCUUCACAGGAGUUGGUAUUGCCGAAGCAAAGGUCGGAGUUAACAAGCCGGAAUUGCUUCCUAAGGAGUUUACUCCCGUUAUUGAUGUUGCUGGCUUCCUCUCAGAUGGUCAGGAGAAAAGACUUGCAGAAGAGAUCACGGAUAUAGAAAAGGUUACUGGUUUUAAGCUGAGAGUUUUAGCUCAGAACUAUCCUGAUACACCUGGAUUAGCUAUCAAAGAUUUUUGGCAAGUGGACGACAGGACUAUAGUUUUUGUUGCUGAUCCUACCUUUGGCAACAUACUAAAUUUCAAUGUUGGAGCUACUGUGGAUCUUGACAUUCCACGUAGCUUCUGGAGCCGUUUGGCCGGGCAAUACGGGAACAUGUUUUAUUGGAAAGAAAAGGGCGAAGAUGCGUCUAUUGAAGCUGCUGUUAUGGCAAUAUCAACCUGCUUGAGAGAACCAGUUGGUCCGAAUAAUUGCUCGGAGGUAAAGUAAUAUCUGCGUGACACUGCAGAGCUUGUUCCAUAUUUGCUUUGAUCUCUGUACAUUAUAUUUCCUGAUAAGAUGUACAUCAAAAGAUAAAUGAACAAUGCAGUGUCAUACAAUGUACUUUCACUGCCAUUGUAAGGACAAAAAAAGGAUGAGAGAAGCGAUAGGCCAUUUAUUUUUUGGAAUUCAAACUUGUAAAACUGGCUCAUUGAUUACAUCCUCCUGAUGGAUAAUUGCAUUCUAUUUGAAAGAAAUUUCAUAGUGA